AUGAGCUCCGAGCCUCCCCCAUUCUCGGAACACAACCCGCACCAGUCCCACCUCCCCCACUACGCGACAAACGCCCGCCAGCCGUCGUCACUUAGGUUUUCCUUUGACAAUAAGUGCGCGCUCGGUUCGGGGGAGAUACCCGCGGGGAACGCGGAGGCUGCGCGGAGGAUAGGCGGGGGAGGUGAGGGGGGUUGGGGGGCAGAAACGAGGCCCGCGGACGGGGAAGCUGCGCCAAGUCGGCACAUUAAUACAGGCGCCUAUCCCGCGCAGGGGUUUGGCGGAAGCUUUGGCGGAAGCGGAGGUCCGCAGCCCGCGGGCCUCUAUCAGGCGCAGUUUUAUGGCGAGUUCCGCCAACAGGGGAACCCACGCAACCAAAACGGGGGGGACUGGCGCGGAGGGGAAGGCGGGUUUGUGCGGGAAGACCAGGAGCAAGAACAGGCGGAAGGGCAGGCGGAGAACAGUAAGAGUGUCCCUCUUGGGGGGUGGAGCCCAGGUGAACGAGCAGAUUUUGGACCUGUCUCAGGUGAUUACUCAGGUGCUCCGUCAGUCUCCGUCCCUCCCGAACCUCCCUCCACUGCCGCGGGUGAAGCUGCGGAUUGGGCGGCAGCAGCGGCUGCCGCAGCGCGACGGCAGGCUUGGGAACACGUGGGCAGGGUCCCUGUAGCUGCGGGAACCGUUCCUGUAGCUGGAGGUGACAAUAACGAGUGGGAGGCGCAGAGCAAUAGUAGCAACUCCGCCCCUCCGCCCUUGCCGCCCGGCUAUGUGUCCAGUGAGAGCAGAGAAGGGGGCGGAGGGGGGCGAGGGGCGGAAGGGCAGGGGGAGGAGGUGGUAUGGCGGGGGGACAGGAGGCUUGGGGGGGAGUCUGGGGGGGAGUUUGGGGGAGUGAGUAGGGAUGGGGGGAUGAGAGGGGAGGAGCGGUCAGCAUUGAAUGAUUAUGCCAUGGUGCCUUCGGCAGGAGGGGGAGAGGUGGUAGGUGGAGGCGGUGUGAGGGGAAGAGGUAGCGGGAUGGGAAGAGGUGGUGGAGGCCAGAGGUUUGUGUCUCAGAGCAACAGAGACUUUGCAGCCGCAGAAGCAGCAGCAGCAGCAGCAGCGGCAGCAGCAGUAGCAGCAGCAAGGGCGGCAGCAGAGGAAGCAGCUGUCCCUGAUGCCCCUCCCCCAGAAGCAAGCGGCGAGGUCAGCAAGUAUCAGGAGCCUUCUAGCAGCUUGCAGAUCAGCGCGGGGAGGAAUGGGGGCGCAAGAGGGGCGAAUGCAGGCAUGGGCGCAGAGAACACAGGCGGGCAGCAGAGGUUCAGUGUAAGGGGAGGGGCUGGGGGGGUGGCGGGAGAGGCAGGAGCAGGCGGGUAUGUGGGAGGUGGAGUGAGGAUGAGCAUGGGUGGUGGGGGGUUUGGUCCGUUUGGGUUGAGACCCAAGAGGCCUGAGGUGAGUGGAGAAGUGGCGUCUAUUUGGCUCAACCGGUGGUUACAACCCCCCACGGCUGCUGCUGCUGGCGGUGGUGGUGCUGGUGCUGGUGCUGGUGCUGGUGGUGCGCAGGAGAAUCCUCUGUCUCUCCCUGUGUCAGGUGAAUUCCCAGGUGGUGGGACUGUUUCAGGUAGUGCCAGUCAAGGGUCGGCCAGUCCUGCUGCUAGUGCUGGUAGCGGCGGAGCAGCGGCGGCUGUAGCGGCUGUAGCAGCUGGAGAUGGUAACAGUGCUGACAGUGGCGGGGGCGGCAACAUGGGCUACGAUUUCGGGUAUGACAUGGGGUAG